UAGUAGUGAGUGUUCAUUCAUAACGUUACCUGUUGUCAACAUAAGAAAGUAGAACGCUUGUGAACAAUUCCAUCCAAACAUUCCUUUUCGAUCUCAUGUUUUUUAAACGUUUUUGUAAUAGAAUUUAAUAAAACAGUUAGAGUAGUAUGCUGCACAAUUAUAUUUUAGUGGUAUUAUUGCUCUCCGUACGUACCGGAUUCAGUGGAGACGAUGUGUGUACGUCCCAAGCGUCGUGUGCGGAAGAACAAUCUACUCAUCUUUACAAAGCAUCUGAUAGUAAAACAAUCUCGGCAAUCGAAGAAGCACUGGCUGCGUAUACGCCCUGCCGGAAAGCAAACUGCUCAUGUCACGCCGACGUACUGAAGGCUGACUUGCGACCGUUUCGAACCGGCAUCACCCGGCAGAUGAUCGAGCGAGCACGUUCCUAUGGCACUAAAUAUCAAGUCAUAAACCAUCGACUGUUUCGCCAGAAAGAUUGCAUGUUUCCUGCGCGCAACUCGGGUGUAGAGCAUUUCAUCAAACCACACUUGGCCGACCUGUCCGACAUGGAGCUAAUCAUCAACUGCCGUGAUUGGCCACAAAUCAGUCAACACUGGGGUCAUCAGGAAAAAAUACCCGUGCUCUCUUUCAGCAAAACCGAAAGCUAUCUGGACAUAAUGUACCCAACAUGGGCCUUCUGGGAGGGAGGUCCUGCUAUAUCUCUUUACCCAAAGGGUCUCGGACGUUGGGAUCAGCACCGCAAUUCGGUUGGGAAAACAGCUCAGCAACAGUGGCCUUGGAACAAGAAAAAGGAUAAAGCUUUUUUUCGUGGAUCGAGAACAUCCGAUGAGCGGGACGCACUAGUUUUACUCUCACGACGAUUACCAGGACUGGUCGACGCUAAGUAUACAAAAAAUCAAGCUUGGAAAUCAUCACAAGAUACGCUGAAUGCGGAACCGGCUAAGGAGGUUAGCUUGCAAGACCACUGCCAGUAUAAGUAUUUAUUCAAUUUUAGAGGUGUAGCUGCCAGCUUCCGCUUCAAGCAUCUCUUCUUGUGUAAAUCUUUGGUUUUCCAUGUAGGCCAUGAAUGGCAAGAGUUUUUCUAUCCCUCGCUGAAACCUUGGGUACACUACGUACCGGUAAAGGUUAACGCAAGUCAGGAUGAACUGGAGGAACUAAUUCGGUUCUUUAAGGAACAUGAUCAGCUAGCACAAGAAAUAGCUACACGUGGCUACGAGCACAUUUGGAACCAUUUAGAUAUGAACGAUAUCAAGUGUUACUGGAAAAGAUUGCUGAAGAGGUACGGUAAACUAACGAAGUACGAAGUGCAACGAGAUGCGGAUUUCAUUGAAAUAUUCUGAGACAAGUCGGAGUCAGGUUAAUUACGAAUCUCGUGAGCAUAUAAAACUUUUCUGUUGCGAAGCAUUGAAAUUUUAUUUCUAUGACAUCUCAUGCGGUUAUUUUAAAAUAUAUAAAAAGUCUCUCUA